AUGUGCUACGACCGCUACGUGUCCAUCUGCAAACCCCUGCACUACGGGACCCUCCUGGGCAGCAGAGCUUGCGCCCACAUGGCAGCAGCUGCCUGGGCCAGUGCCUUUCUCUAUUCACUGCUGCACACAGCCAAUACAUUUUCCCUGCCCCUGUGCCAUGGCAAUGCCCUGCACCAAUUCUUCUGUGAAAUCCCACAGAUCCUCAAACUCUCCUGUUCCAAAUCCUACCUCAGGGAACUUGGGCUCAUUGCUGGUAGUGCCUGUUUGGUAUUUGGCUGUUUUGUGUUCAUUGUUUUCUCCUAUGUGCAGAUCUUCAGGGCUGUGCUAAGGAUCCCAUCUGAGCAGGGACGGCACAAAGCCUUUUCCACCUGCCUCCCUCACCUGGCUGUGGUCUCUCUGUUCCUCAGCACUUCAGUGUUUGCUCACCUGAAACCCCCCUCGAUCUCCUCCCCUUCCCUGGAUCUGGCCCUGUCAGUUCUGUACUCAGUGGUGCCUCCAGUACUUAACCCCUUCAUCUAC